GGCUGGAAGCCCGAGAGUGCCACCAAAGCCAUUUCCAGAGCCCACUCAGGCCAUAGAGGCUUUCAGGAUUUAACAACCAUGGAGAGCGUGCGCUGGUUGUUGCUUUUGCUGCUGCCGCUGCUGGAUAUCUCUGCAGCCACUCCGGAUCCCUGCGAGUUGGACGAGGACGACAUCCACUGUGCCUGCAACUUUUCGGAACCGCAACCCGACUGGUCCAGCGCCUUCCUGUGUGUAAGUGCGGUUGAUGUGGAGAUCCGUGGCGGCGGCCGCAGCCUGGAACAAUUUCUAGAGCGUGUCGACAUCGACGCAGACCCACGGCAGUACAUGGACAUAGUCAAGGCUCUACGUUUGCGGAGGCUCACGAUUGGAGCUGCACGGGUUCCUGCUCUACUGCUAUUCGGCGCCCUGCGUGUGCUAGGGUAUUCCCGCCUCAAGGAACUAACUCUAGAGGAUUUAGAAGUAACAGGCACCAUGCCGCAGCCUGUAGGAAUCCAAGGGCCAGGGCUUUCCGUCUUGCGCCUUCGCAAUGUGUCCUGGACUACAGGAGGUGCCUGGCUCCCGGAACUGCAGCACUGGCUCAAGCCGGGUCUCAAGGUACUGAAUAUUGCCCAAACACACCCGCUUGAUUUUUCCUGCGACAAAGUCCUCACUUUCUCGGCCCUCACCACCCUAGACCUGUCUAACAAUCCUGGACUGGGAAAACGCGGACUGAUGGCGACCCUCUGUCCCCACAAGUUCCCGGUCCUCCGGGAUCUAGCGCUACGCAACGCUGGAAUACAGACGCCCAAUGAGGUGUGCUCUGCUCUGGCUACAGCUGGUGUGCAGCCCCACCGCCUAGACCUCAGCCACAACUCGUUGCUCGCUACUGCAAAACCCGAGGAUCCUGGGUGUGUCUGGCCUAGCGCGCUAAACUCCCUGGAUCUGUCAUUUGCUGGGUUGGAGCAAGUGCCUAAGGGACUGCCGGCAGAGCUCGAGGUACUCAAUCUCAGCUGCAAUAGGCUAAAUAGGAAGCCACUGUCAGACGAGUUGCCCAAGGUGGGUAACUUAACACUGGACGGAAAUCCCUUCCUGAUUCCGGGAACCUCCAAUCCCAGUAGCAUUGUCCCCUCUGGAGUAGUCCCAGCCUGUGUGCAUUCACCCUUGGCGGUGGGGAUGUCAGGAACGCUGGCUCUGCUCCAAGGGGCCAGGGGCUUUGCCUAAGGCCCAGAGGAAAAGAAUCCAUAGACAUAGAUUGCCCUGGCUUGGGGGAGUACCAUCAGGACAAUCAGCACUUCUGCCUCAGAACCAACCCUCUGCCUCACCUUUAUUAAAUCUUAAAGGAUGGACUGAUGUAAUUCAACAGACCUUUACUGGGUGUCUGCUAUGUUCUGGGCUCAGGGGUGAAUGUGGAAUCCAUCAUACUAUAACUUUCUUCAUCCCUACUCCCUAGAAACCUUGCCUACCCUUCCAAGAACUGCAGGGACAGAAAGAACAGCAAAACAUUGCCUAGCUCGGGGAGAAAUAAUGAAUGCUUGUAUAGUCAGGACUUUCUGAGCAGAUUACUGGAACUUGGGUUAAUGGAUGUUUAAUGGUAAACAUAUCAUGGAAGAUACAAAAUGUUUUCUUUCCCACACACUGUCCAAAAAUCAAAGGUAAUAAAACCCAGAGUCAGCUGGGCGGGAUAGAACAUGCCUAUAAUCUCAGCAACUCAGGAGGCUGAGGCAGUAGGAUCACAAGUUCAAAGC